AGAGCAAGGUGCUAGCUGGGACAAGGAACGAUUCUCUGCCUAGGUGGCACUGCCCAGACCACUGGACCCCUCAUGGCAGGGGAGAGCUUUCCUUUCACAUCCUCCACACUGCGUGCUCUCCGCCUGCAGAGAGAGUGGCUGGACUGGGAGGACAGGAGGAGAGCUGCUGCCCAGCAGUGCCGCAGGCACAGGGACCUCCCUUGUCCCCAGGCCCAGCUCCUUAGGCCUCGCCGCUCCUGCCGAGACCCAGCUGUCCACAAUGCCCUGUUCUCUGGGGACCUACAGCAGCUCCAAAUCCUGUUCCAAGAUGAAGACGCUGCCAAUAUGAUUGUGGAGACUGUGAGCAACCAGCUGGCCUGGUCAGCGGAACAGGGAUUCUGGGUGCUGACUCCAAAGACCAAGCAGACGGCACCUCUUACCAUCGCUGUGGCCAGAGGCUACACCGACUGCGCCCGACACCUUAUCCUGCAGGGGGCUGAGCUUGACGCCCGAAUUGGAGGGCGUGCUGCCUUGCACGAGGCGUGUGCCCAAGCCCAUCCCGACUGUGUUCGGCUCCUGCUCACAUUUGGUGCCAAGGCUAAUGUAUCGUCUGAGGAGGGCAUGACCCCCUUGCACCUCUGCACAUCUCCGGAGUCUUUGCAGUGCGCCAAGUUGCUGCUGGAGGCUGGAGCGUCUGUGAAUGUGGCAUCGCAAGAGAGCGAAGUCACGCCCCUGCAUGUGGCUGCAGCUCGUGGCCUGGAACAACAUGUGGCCCUCUACCUGCAGAACGGUGCGGACGUGGCUCUGCGCACCAGCCAGGGAGAGACGGCGCUAAACGCUGCGUGCGCUGGAGCAGAGGGACCAGGCAGCAGCCGGCAGCACGAGGCCGCAGCGCGACAGCUCCUGGAAGCUGGGGCUGAUCCCCAGGCUGCCGGUCGCAAGCGUCACACGCCACUGCACAACGCCUGUGCUAAUGGCUGCGGAGGUCUGGCCGAGCUGCUGCUGCGCCACGGGGCAAGCCCUGGAGUCACCAAUGGGGCAGGCCACACACCAAUGGACUGCGCGCUGCAAGCGGUACAGGACGCCCCCAACUGGGAGCCAGAGGUCCUCUUUGCAGCACUGCUGGACUACGGGGCUCAGCCGGUUCACCCUGAGAUGCUGAAACACUGUGCCAACUUUCCUCGGGCCCUGGAAGUCCUCCUUAAUGCCUACCCAUGUGUUCCAUCCUGUGACCCCUGGGUGGAGGCCGUGCUCCCGGAGCUGUGGCAGGAACAUGAAGCCUUCUACAGCUCAGCUCUAAGCAUGGAAAACCAGCCAAGACAGCUGCAGCACCUGGCACGCUUGGCUGUUCGAGCUCAGCUGGGUAGCCACUGUCGUCAGGCUGCGGCCCAGCUUCCCCUGCCUCCACUGCUCAGAGACUACCUGCUGCUGGGUGUGGAGGGACGAAUCCAGUGAGCGCUGAACUUUCAGCUGCUCCUACACCCAGCCCCGGAAAACCAACCGCUGCCCCCGCUGCCCCCGCUGCCCCCCCCCCCCCCCCCCCCCGCUGCCCCGCUGCCCAGCUUUCUCUGCACUUUGCAUGUCCUCCAGGAGUAGCUUGUCCCUCCACUGACAUCUUAAGCCACCUGCUGAUCUUCAGGCCUUCUCAGCCUGUCCCCAAAGAAACCUUUCACCCACCUGCCAUCAAUAGAUGGCCUCUGUAGCCACCCAAGCGACAAGCAACUGAUCCCAUGCAGUUUCUCCUCACCGCCUAUAUGCCUGCUCUGCCGGUUUCAUAGGGACAGGCCCUUAGUUGGACUUGAUGGCUCAGACCUCUAACUCAGGAGGCUGAGGCAGUAGAAUUGUAGGUUCAAAGCUAGCAAGAUUUUGGGGGAGGGAUGAGGGGACCCUGCCUCCUGGCCUGUGUGUUCUAUCCAGACACUGGGUAGAACUUCAAAGAAUGGUAGUUUUGCUUGGUUUUCUUCUCAGCACUAGGUAUGGAACCCCAGGCUUGACAUACCACGCUGAACAAGUGUCCAGUUACAAAGCCACACUUCUAGCUCUUAAUGAAACCCAUGUCCUGGAGGCUGGCAUGAUCUUUUUUUUUUUUCUCUCUCCACUAAUUUAUUCAUUUUAAAUAUCCUGAUCGCUGCCCCUCCCCUGUCAGAGUCCCUCUCCCCCAUCCUCUUCUCUGUUAAAGCCACAAUUGUGACAGCUCCUUUUAGCUCUUCCCAACCUUCUGGCUAAAGUGAAAACUCAGCAGGGGCCUGGGAUGGAGCUCAAUGUUGAGCCCCUGCCCGGUGUGUGUGAGGCCUAGGCUGGAUCCGGAACGGAACCGGAAAACAGCGAAGCCAACCUUCCACAGUGAGUGACAUCAUUUGGGAGGUGGAAGCCGGAGUUCAAAACCAGCCUGGGCUACAUAAGACCCUGUCUCAAAAAACGAAACGAGAAGAAAAACCUCAACAAGAUGUAGGCAAGAUUCUGUUGGGUCUGUCCUCCGACCUCCUCCGUAUACAGGCCCAGCAACGUGGGCUCAGUAAACUGGUUACCACUUCCAGAACUGAACCCUUCUUGGAAACUGCUUGGCACAGUCUUCCCCACUUUUUGGCCUGGACGACACUCUGUUGGUGAUCCUGAGCUUGAGGCUGUAGUCUUUGAAGAGGCUUUUAUAAUGUGUUUUCCCUUCUGCCCAAAUGUCACAUGGAAUCUUAAUUGGCAGUCACUCUAGAGUGGCUUCGGGGGCCCAGAAAGCUAGAAAGCUGUCCUCUCUUACUUUUGGACCCAGAGACAAAAGUAAGACCACUCAUCCUUAGGAGGAAACAUUUCAAGGCAAGCCAGUUCUAUGAAUACAAAUAAAUAAUUUGUGCAC